AUGAAUUCCAGGGAUAUUGAGCAGCGCCCUGUCAAAAAAAGACGAUUUUUCCAAGAUGAGAACGAGGCCAGCUUUCCGCCCAAAUUCACCAAUGGCGACGCGUCGGCCUUCACCACCUUCGGCCUGUCAAGCUCAUCGAAGGAGGCUCCCACACCCGUUGAGGACAAUGCUGCAGACAGACGGGCGGUAGAGGUGAAUAAAGUGACUGGCAAUGAAUCUGAUUUUGAUACCGAGCUUUUCUCCACCAUCGUUGGGCGCAAGGUUCCAGCUCAUGUUAUCGUUCAACUCCGCCGCCGUGCAGGGGACGAUAUGGAGAAAGCCGUCAAUAUCUACCUGGAUAGCUCUUGGGAGGAAGAUAAUGAUGCGAAAAUAACAGACGUCUCCCAGCCAUCAAGCGACAAUAAUACUGAAGAAGCCUCUGCAAUCAAAGCUUCUUCGCCUCAGAAGGACAUGGAUGUGACGGCUGCCGAGGAUGACAAUGAAUGCAGCUCCUUGUCUUCGGAAAAUCCUGAGUAUCGAUAUCUCGGCGCCUUUGGCGUUGGUGGAUGGGCAACGAGGUCGAGUACAAACUCACUUAAGUAUGGGGAAGAGGUCAAAAUUCAGCGCACGAAACCCCAGGGUCAGCUCAAAAUAGGGAAGCCUAAAAGAGUGAUAUCAAAUUCUAAAACGGAUGUUAUAACGAGAUUCACGAACUCCAAAGGUGACGAGAUUGGAAGAUUACCACAAGAAACUGCAUCAUGGGUAUCAACUUUGAUCGAUCAGAAGAUAUGCAAAUUUACAGCUGUAUGUGUCUUUGCACCGGAGAGAAUCCGCAUCAACGAUACUAUAUACUUGCAACUUAGAUGUUACGUGCUCAACUCAGCCUUUAAAAAACGCUUCUCGCCGGGAUUGGAGGAUAACACUCCUCGUCUUUUCGAGCAAGAGGAAACAGCGGAAGAAAAGGCACUUCGGUUACGUCAAGUUGCAUUAGUGACCCUUUUUGAUGAGAUCUGCCUCUCACCAACCUCUGGGGAUGAGACUACCGCGAAGCAUAAGAAAAGCGGGAUUCUGCGUGCUGCAGAAAUUGUUGAACAGAAUACGAAACCAGGGAAAUCGACUGGAGAUCCAUCAAAAGAUGCCGAAGAAGCAUCCGAAAGUGAUGAUGGUGAACACCUCGAUCAAGACCAGCUAGAUGCGUUGUAUCACAAGGCUCAGUGUUUUGAUUUCAGCAUGCCCGAAGCUACUCCAAGUGAAAGUUUUAAUUUGGAGCUACGAAAGUAUCAACAACAGGCACUUUACUGGCUUAUCUCUAAGGAGAAGGACGAAAAUUCAACCAAGCAAAGGUCGAUGCAUCCUCUAUGGGAAGAAUACUCCUGGCCUAUAAAAGAUGUUGAUGAUAAUUCUCUGCCGCGUGUACGUGGUAAAGAUUACUUCUACGUUAACCCAUACUCUGGGGAAUUAAGCCUUGACUUUCCAGUACAGGAACAGAAUUGUUUGGGUGGAAUUCUUGCCGACGAGAUGGGGCUAGGUAAGACCAUCGAGAUGAUGAGCUUGAUACAUUCUCAUAAACCUAGCCAAGGAUAUAUUAACGGUACUACAUUGCCAUCAUCGAGUCGAGGUAUUACAUGGCCACAAAACGCUUCAGGAAUUUUUCAUGCUCCACAUACCACACUUGUUGUUGCUCCUACAUCCCUUUUGUCACAAUGGGAAAGUGAAGCUUUGAAGGCGUCAAAGCCGGGGACCAUGAAAAUUCUAGUUUAUUACGGAACAGACAAAUCAGUCAACCUCAGGAGUAUUUGCUCUCCCACAAACCCGGCAGCUCCUAAUGUAAUCAUCACCAGCUAUGGAGUUGUUCGCUCAGAGCAUAGCCAGAUUCUUUCAGGCCGCACGAACAUGAGUGAUAACGGCCUCUUCUCCGUCGAAUAUUUCCGUGUAAUUCUUGAUGAAGCUCAUUAUAUCAAGAAUCGGGCCUCCAAAACAGCAAAAGCGUGUUAUGGAAUCGGUGCCAAACAUAGAUGGGUCCUAACGGGUACUCCCAUUGUGAACCGGCUUGAAGACCUUUAUAGUCUCGUACGCUUCCUCAAGGUGGAACCGUGGUGCAAUUUUUCGUUCUGGAAGACUUUUAUCACUGUUCCAUUCGAGUCGAAAGACUUUGCGCGCGCAUUAAGCGUUGUACAGACUGUCCUUGAACCACUGGUUCUUCGGCGCACGAAAACAAUGAAAACUCCCGAGGGAGAGGCCCUUGUUCCCUUACCAUCUCGUACCAUCACAGUAGAAGAGGUUGAACUGUCUGAACAAGAGAGAGAUAUUUAUGACGUUAUUUUUAACAGAGCCAAACGGACUUUCAACGACAAUAUAGCCGCAGGGACAUUGUUAAAGUCUUAUACCACUAUUUUUGCUCAAAUUCUCCGUUUACGGCAAACAUGCUGCCAUCCUAUUCUUACUAGAAACCAAUCUAUCGUCGCGGAAGAAGAAGAUGCUGCUAUUGCUGCUGAUGAAAUAAACAUUUUGAAAGACAACAUGGAUCUUCAGGAGCUUAUUGACAGAUUCUCAAGCUCUAUACAGUCUUCGGAUGGUGAGGAGCGGGAUCCUACCGCCAAUUUCACAACUCAUGCACUCAAACAAAUUCAGGCAGAAUCUAGUGGUGAAUGCCCUAUCUGUUCCGAGGAGCCAAUGAUCAAUCCAGCAGUUACUUCAUGUUGGCAUAGUGCUUGCAAAACUUGUUUGGAGUCCUAUAUUAAACACCAGACUGACAAAGGAGAGGUUCCGCGGUGUUUCUGCUGCCGCGAGGAGCUAAGCUCUCGCGAUAUCUUUGAAGUCGUGCGCCAUGACUCGCCAGAACAGACUCCCUCAACACAGAACCCUCCUGCAUUGGAUUGUCCCACUCCCCCAGGAGGCCGAAUAUCCCUACGUCGAAUCAAUCCCCUUUCUCCCUCUGCGAAAACCUCUGCCAAAAUACACGCUCUUAUUACCCAUCUUUCGCAUCUUCCCAAAGGCACUAAAGCUGUGGUAUUUUCUCAGUUCACCUCCUUUCUGGACUUAAUAUCCCCACAGCUGACCACAGCGGGCAUUGCACAUCUUCGCUUUGAUGGCACGAUGAGUCAAAAGGCUCGUGCUACGGUCCUUGCGCAGUUCAAUGCCCCUAUAGUUGACGAAGACGACAUUGACGAUGAUGAAGAUAUUACAAACUCCCCGGACCCUUUCAAGGGAUACCGAAGUAAGCCUAAGAAAGAGAAGACUCUCCCUCCGAGUGUACUUUUGAUCAGCUUGAGAGCUGGCGGUGUUGGAUUGAAUCUGACAGUCGCAAACCACGUGUUCAUGAUGGACCCCUGGUGGAGUUUCGCCGUGGAAGCCCAGGCCAUUGAUCGUGUACAUCGUAUGGGCCAGCUACGGGAUGUGAAAGUGGUCAGGUUCGUGGUGAAAAACAGUAUUGAAGGGAGAAUUCUUAAAAUUCAGGAGCGGAAAAUGAUGAUUGCCGGCUCUCUUGGUUUACGAGUUGGCGGCGAUGGGAGCGACGAAGAUAAGAGAGAGCAACGCAUCGAAGAAUUGAAACUCUUGUUUGAAUAG